GAGAAGUUCCGAGUGCGGUUUGGGAUAGGUUAGGUCGUUAAGGUUACGGUUGAAUACGUGUCAUGAUUUUUCAUAUUUGCUAACCAUUCUUUGCUUAUUAUUACAUUUGUCUGUAGAACAGACUGAAUUAUUUACAUGUAUGAAAAAUUAAAGUCAAGAUGGAUAUAGUAAAGAGAGCUCUUACGUUUUUAACGUUCUUUGUGUGUUGUACCAGCUUAGCAUUUUUAGCAGCAUCUUUUGCCACUCAGUCUUGGAUUGAAGCAGAACCAAUACGAACAGGAUUCAAUUUAAAUUCCACUUCAUUAGAAGGUGACGAUAAAAAAUUUGUUGGGAAAAUUAACUUUGGUUUAUUCAAAGGAGAGAAAAUAUUGGAUUAUGGCUUUGGACCAAGAAAAUCCCAAAUAUGGAUCAAAACAGAGCUUCAAGAGAACCCUACAUUGAUGAAGUUUGGGCUCUGGUUGUUUACCAUCAUCUGUGUGGCCUUGUCUAUGUUAUUUGGUUUGGUCGGAGCUGUAUUUGCUGUUAUCAACACCGUCAUUGUACCAGUUGAAUUAAUCACAGGCAUGAUGGGGCUUUAUCUCUGGAACUGUAUAGGAGCUAUUACUUCCUUAGCUGCUAUUCUAAGUUGGGUUGCCCAGUAUUACCUAAAGUUGCAGAAGAAUGUGAUGACGGAAGAGGAAAUCAGGGUCCAGUGGACGUCGGAAGGCCAGGCUCGUUUCGGCUCCAGUUUUUGGUUUGUCAUAGUGGCACUUAUCCUCUACAUUUUAAACGUCUUUAUAAUAAAACUAGCUCAAAACCAUGUGUGGGAACACAGACAGCCAAAAUCCACAACAGACAAAAACCCAGAGGGUGCAAUUAUGCUCUACUAAUCAUUUCAUUGAUCUUUUUUUAAGUUUCAUAAUUUUUGGAAUAAAAAAAAAACCAUAACACUGCUGGACAAUGUACAAAGAUAGUAUUUUUUUAUGUAACAUUAACAAAUUAAUAUAGGGUAACAAGGAUACAAAACACUACAUGUAAAUUUAUAUAUUUGAUAUGAAUGUACUUGUCAUUGUGUCUUAUAACUCUGUUGUCAUCAUAUUUUGUAAUACGUUAAAUCAAAGUCAGGGUACGAACAUUUGUUCAUAUGCUCACAUGAUGUAUGGAAUCCACUUUUCUGAUAACUUACAUAAAAAUAUCUUGGUGGAAUAAAAACAACGGCACCCAUACUGAUAAUUUAGGUUCACAAGUGACUCCUAAAAGUUUUGAUGGUUAUCCCAUGUCUGAAGUUAAGGAUGAAGAGGCAUUUAAAUAUUGUAGUCGUGUAAUUCAUAACCAUAAGUGAGUAUAAUCCUCCCAAAAAAAGUUUUACUGCCCUAAUCAAACUGUAUACUAUAAAUUAGUUUGCUAAAAAUUGUCUUAUAUUUGAAGUUUCAAGUUACUUUUCUCAUUGCAGUAUCAUGUUCUGCAUGAUUAUUACAUGCAAAUCAAGUGUGGCAGCUAAACCUAUCAUUCUAUAAAAAAG